AUGACAGUGAAUUACUAUCGCGAAGUUGAUUUAGUUGCGGAAGGGGUGACACCGAAGGAGAACGUUACGGUUAGUCUUCAACCAAAAGAUAAUACCAACGUCAAGGUGACGCCCUCCAGGGUUAUCAGAAAAAAGACAAGAGAGUUGAUUGGAGAUGCGGAAUUAGUUGACGGAAUAUCAGUACGUAACCCACAUUACUUAACUGAUUAUUUAAAGAAGGAAAGGGAAAGUCUGUCGAAAACAUUGAACUCCACGUUGGAAAAAAUAGAUCAAGUUACAUCAAAAUAUUAUAAUAAAGAAGUGUUAAUGACUAGAGGUUUAAAUUGUGUCUAUACUGAUUCAAAGAGUAUGCUACUUCCCGGUUUAACUUACAUUGGUGUUGCAUUUAUGGCGGGUUCCAUAGCUGUUAGGAAUAGAAAUAUUGCGUUAAGAAUGGGAGUACCUAUAUUAUUAAGUUCGGUAUGCUUCUCAUAUGCUCUACCAAACACAUUUGAAACGAUUAAACUUAUUUUGCAUGAAAAAGAAGAAGAUCGUUUUCCGGUAUUUACGGAGAGACAGGAUAGAAUCGUUGACCAAGUGAAAGAACUACCUAUUUCCACUAAGACUCUAAUCAAUAGAACCACGGAAUUCAUAUCGAGACCUUUUUCUACAAUUCAACAAUAUUUUAAAACAAUAGAGAAGUGA